GACAAAUUCCUGCGCACCUCACGCUUGGUACAACUUUGUUUUCUUGCAUCUCUUGGACUCACCCAGCAGCGAUAUCUCCUUGCUGUGAGUUUGGAGUGUUGUGCAGGGAUGGAGUUUGGGGAGUUCUGAGAGCUCCUCCCCAUUCUCUGAAAAGUUCACUGUCUCAAUCCAAUGAAACAUAAGAGGAAACAAAUGCCCAAAGAGCAGAAGUCCCCAAACAUGUCACAUCAAAUCAUGGAGAAGCUAAUGGGACACAGCCAUGUGGUUGGACUGCUUCCCUCUAAGUUCCUGAGGGAAAAGUUUCUCAGCAUGAAGAAGAAGGCCAGCACUGGGGGGAGUAUUCUGCCCAGAAUUGGCCCACGUGUAGACCAGAGUGAGACUCGUCAAAAGCUGCCGUCAGCUCCCCGGAGACUGAACGUGCUUCAGGUUUCCCCACCAGAGAUGGUAUUUCAGAACUUCGGCGCUCAUGAGGUCUCUGAAAUGGCACUGUCUCUCAUUAAUAAAGGCAAGAACCCUCAGGUGGUGAAGGUCUCCAUGGAGAGCUCACCUUACUUCCAGCUCAUGUGCUCCAACGAUGCGUACCGCGUCGUGCUGCCAGGUGCAUCUACCCCUGUGCGCAUCCGGUUCACCCCCAACAAGAACAAGGAUUAUUCCCAUGAGGUCGUCUGCAUCACUUCAAGGGAAAGGAUAGUUGUGCCAAUUAGGGCCAUUCGUGCUCGAGCCGUCCUGGAUUUCCCUGACGAGCUGAACUUCUCUGAGUGUCCGGUCAAGUGCAGCACCCAGAAGACUCUGCUGGUUCACAAUAUUGGUAACCGGGCAGCUUGUUUCCAGCUGAGCACCCAGAGUCCUUUCUCUGUGGUUCCGACCACAGGAACUGUGGGCGCUGGUGACACCGUGGAGGUGACAGUGGGAUUUCACCCGCUGAAAAACGAUGACUAUUGCAAGGACUUGUGCUGCAACACAGGUGAAGAAAUUAUCAAGAUAAACCUCUACGGAGACGCUAUAGAUUUCGAUAUUGGGUUGAGCACAGAUUCCGUGGAGGUUGAGAAGACUUUCAUGACCAUGUCAAACUACAGAACCGUGUUAAUUUACAACAGGAGUAACAUCACAGCCCACUUCCAGUGGAAGGCUUUUCCUACUGAGGAAGAUGAGAAUGAAGAGAAGAGGAGGCAGCAGAUACCGCUGGAGCCAAGAAUGUUGUUUCUGGACAACUUAAUUGAGGAGAAAGAAGAGAAGGAGAAGGGCUCUUGUGAAGAUCACAUUGCCCUUGCGAGCAACAUAGUCCAAGAGGAGAUGGCAAAGAUGCCAGAAGACCCCAUGUUUUCUGAUGACGUUUUUUUCAUCGAGCCAAUGGAGGGAGAAAUUGAGCCGUAUAGCUCGGCUGAAAUCAAGGUGACCUUCAAACCCCUAGAGGCACUAGAGUACCAAAAUAUGGCUUACUGCAACAUCUCAGGCCGUGAGAGCAGGCUGCCCCUGCACCUCAGAGGGGAAGGCCAAGGACCCUUGGUUGAACUCAGCUGUCAUACUCUGAACCUUGACAAGAUUUUCAUCAACUUCCCCCACGUCUGUGAGGUGAAACUGGUUAACAAAGGAGAUCUUGAUGCUCCCUUCACCUAUAUCCCUUCAACCACAAAGGUGGGCUUUCCCUUCAAGUUUGAGCCCGAGGAGGGGAUCAUUGCAGCAGGUGGGACCCAGACUGUUCAGGUCUCCUUCAGUCCCACCGUGUUGGGGUGCUUUGAGGAAGAAUUCCACUUCAGUGUGGCUGGAUCUCCUAUGCCUGCAAUCCUGACCAUCAAGGGCAGCGUCACUGGACCAACUUUACUUUUCGAUGUUGAUGAGCUCAGCUUUGGUGACAUCUCCUUUGGCUUUCCCUACACCCAGUGCUGUCGGCUCACUAACACCUCUGUGGUGCCCGUGACGUUCAAGCUCCGCAUGUCGUUCGAUGGCACGCAGCCGGCUGUUGACAGCAUUGAUCAAAUACGCAGUGACAGUGACCCAUCUUGGAGGAAGGGAAUUCAUUUUUAUGUGGAGCCAAGGGAGUUUAGAAUGACUCCCAGCCAAGGGACCAUCCUCCCCCAGGGACACCAGGAUAUCGAGGUGACCCUGUGUUCCAACUCAGUGAUGGAGUUCUACAGGCCAAUGCUGGUGGAUCUGGAGGGUAUUGGCAAGGGAGUGGCAUCACUGGUCAUCUCAGCCAGAUGUCUCGUUCCGAGGCUGCAUGUGAACCCUGGAAUCCUGGUCUACGAUGAGUGCCGCCUGAAGGUGCCAUACGAGAGGAAGUUCAUUGUUACAAAUAGCACCGAUCUUCCUGGCUGCUAUGGGCUUAUUCCUCAGAAACGCAAGGAGAACUCUCCUGUGUUCUACUCCAGCCCCAAACCCUGUGGGAUUGUCCAGCCUCACAGCACUGUAGAAAUCCCAGUUUUAAUCGAAGUCCAAACACUGGGCAAGCAUCGCACCAGUGUUCUUAUCGGCGUGUUUGGGGAUGAGAGAAACCCACUGAGAGCAGAAUUACGUAGCUCUGGAGAGCUGGCAGAAAUCUACCCAAGUCCAAGGCUGAUAGAGUUUGGCACGAUCCCAGUACUGCAGCCUACUUCACGAAGCUUUAGCCUCCUCAACGAGAGUCUCGUCCCUACAGACUUCAGGAUAGAGAUGGCCUCAAGACCCCAGUGCUUUGUCAUUGAACCCAGAGAAGGAGUGAUCCCUGCUAGGGGUGAGGUGCCUGUGACUAUCACAGCAAUGCUGGAUGACACUGGGCAUUUUGCUAACAGUGUCCGGCUGUUGAUUGGGAAGAGCCUUUGGACCGCCUGCGGGCUGGUGGCUUUGGGCACUGGCACCACAAUUGUCAUAGACAAGCCAUUCGCCCCGGAGCUCAACUUGGGAUACCAAUUCAGCCUCCUUCCCUGUAUUCGUCAGUUCAAAGUAACAAACCGGGGCCGCCGUUAUCAUCGGCUCUUCUGGAGCAUCAGCUCACCUGAGAAGGAGGGCCAGAGUGUCUCAGCCCUCAGUAGCCCCAAGGAUGAUUCCCAGAGCCCCAAAAGUGCCAGCCCUGUGUUUGAGCUGGAGCCAUGGUUAAUGGAGCUGCAGCCAGGCCAGUCUGCGGACAUGGUGGUGCAAGGCUUCUCCCGCAUCCCGCAGGAGGUGCAGGUUCAUGUGAUGUGUGAAGCUGACAGUGGGCCAGCCAUCAGACCAGACAAGACAAAGAUAAUAGAAACAGUCAUUACCUGCAAAUAUAUUGAACCCUCUAUAGAAGUGUCAGCCAGACAUUUCUCUUUCCGUGUGGAGAAGAAAUCCAGUGAUAUCCUGACUCGGCAGUACAAGCCUUUGUCUUUAAAAAACACCUGCCUGCUGCCACUGGACCUUAUGCUGGACUUGGAGCAGCCAUUCCUGGUCUGUGAUGAGGACCAGCAGCCCCUCCCAGAUGGCCAGCCUGUGAGAGUGGAUGUAGGGGAGACCUGUCAUCUCUACAUCGCAUUUGACCCAGCUUAUGAACUGAAUUUUAAGAGCUGGAAAGAAAAGAAGGUCCUGAAGAUAGACAUGGUCAGGGGCCAUCCUUUUGUGGAGCGUAUCAUCCUUUGGGGAGAAGUCCACUUCCCAAAUCUCCAAAUCCAGCCCAGCACCCUAGAGUUUGGCUGCAUCGUGGCUGGCACUGAAGAAGUGCGCUCUCUGAAGAUGACCAACUGCAGCUCACUUCCCGCCCAGUACCACUGGUCGUUCCAUUCCAGCAGCCAGGUUUACAGGUUGAGAUAUGAGCAUUACCCACCUAAAUUCAAACCCCAGCCACCAAAGGAGAAGAGAACCUGUUUGGAUUCCUCGGCAUCUCAAAGGAGACGUUUCAAGAUUAGAACCGUGGAGGAGCCAGUCACAGCCCUGAAAGAAUCGCGGGAUCUUGCCCAAUCUUUAGGAACACAGGUGCCACCAGAAGCUCGUAGAGGGUAUUACAUCCCACUAGGGUUGGCAGGAUUCAAGUGUUCUGUGGAUGUGCCGCACACUCCUCUCAAAGCAGAGAAGGCUUUCAGUAUCCUGCCGCUGUCAGGUGUGCUGCAGCCAGGAGAGAGCCAGGAGGUCUCCUUCACCUUCUCUGGCCCCUUCUACACCAUCGCCCAUGUCACAGCGCUGUGCCACGUGGAGAGAGGCCCCACCUACGAGGUGGUGCUGACCGGGGAGGCCUCAUGCAUCAGCUACUCCCUGAGCCUCCGGGAGAUCAACUGUGGCUUACAGAUGUUUAAUGAAAUUCAUCACAGCAAUGUCACCCUGGCAAACACUGGCAAGAUUGAAUUCAGCUGGGUGCUAAACCCUAGCCCUGCAGACCAGCAUCGGCCUGGUGUGUUUUUGGUCAACCCCACCACUGGCUCCAUUCCACCUGGCGAGAAGCAAGUGCUGGAAUUCUCUUACAUGCCAGGAUUACCAGGAGCCUUCAGCAGGACUUACCAGCUUACAGUGGGUGACCUGGACCCGGAAAAUAUCUUCCUGAAUGGAGAAGCGUUCUGUCCCAUGAUCAGUGUGAACCUGCCCUGGAACAUCAAAGGAAAUGAAAAAUAUGAGAAGCCUCUGACACAGUUCGUAAAACCCCUGCAACAAGACAGUCAGAGGAAUAAAUCAGGUGUUCUCAAGAAGACUCAGAACCCGAAAACUGAGACCUUGACAUCUCAGACGCUGCUGACUCAGACCCCAAAAACUCAGACUCCAAAGAGUCCGAUUCUGAAGACUCGGAACCCGAAGCCCCCUGUGCCUGACUCUGGCAUUGCACCAGACACUCAGCUGCAUAUAAACACAGUGAGGAUGCUGAUAGAGAAGGCUGCUCUGGAGCUGCAGGAAAAGCUCACAUCCCAUCCCCCAAAGAGCACGUUCCCUGACAAGGAGCUGUGCCAGAGUCUUGUCAAAGUUGAGCUGCCUGAGUAUGUCCUGGACAUGGGCAUUGUCCGUAAGGGUUACACUGUGAAAAGCGCUCUAGAGAUCACCAACCCUGGGCAGAUCCCAGUGUCCUUCCAGGUUGAUCUAUCUGUCCUGCAGGACACAGGUUUCAGCAUGGACCUGGACAAGGUGCAGGGCCUGCCCCACAGCUACACCAAGAUGUUUGAUGUGCGCUUUGAAAGUGCCCGGCAGCCACGUGGUAUCGUGGAAGUGGUGCUGCCCAUAAAGGUGACAAAAGGCCCCACAUAUAACAUCCGUCUCCGUGCCACUGUGUCUGAACUGUCACUCGAGCUCUCCAAGAACACUCUGCAGUUCUCUACUAUCGUCGUUGGGCAGUGCAAGGUUGAGACAGUCCGGCUCUACAACUGGUUCCGAGUACCCUGCAAAUGGUGCAUCAAGCCUGUUCCGAAGAACAAUCAGCACAAAUACAUGACACCAGCCUUACGUCAGAAGUGGCAGGUGCUGGAGGAUGAACCCUGUCCCUUUGAAGUGAAGCCCUCCAAAGGAACCCUGCCUGCAGGAAGUUGGCAGAAUCUGCAAAUCCAAUUUACACCCAAGGAGGAGAAGUCUUACAAGAAUGAGCUGGAGCUUAGCAUUUGUGGGAGCAGCAAUCGCUUAAAGCUGCACCUCUCAGGACAAGGUCUGCAGCCACGGUUGGAGUUCAGCCCCCCAGCACUAAAGAUGGGAUGGGUGCUGGUGGACAGUGAUGGUGUGGAGGCCACAGUGCGGGUGAAGAAUCCAUGCAACUUCCCCAUUGAGUUUUACUCCCUGGAUUUUGAUGAGCAGUACCUUGAGGAGGAGAAGAUCCUGCGGAUGGCAGUGGGGUCUGAGUACCAAAAGAGCUUUUUUAUGCCUCCACGUGCCGUGGGUGAGACGCUGCCCCCAGAGGUGCUGGAGGACUAUGAAGCACAGAAGAGGCUGAUGGCUCAACAGACAGAGCUCAAGACAAUGGCAGAAGCCAAGGCCAGGGCUGAGGCUGAGGCCAAGGCCAAGGCCAUGGGCAAGGCAGCAGCAGCAUACAGAACUGUCACAUUCUGUCCCGAGUCCUUGGUGAAAAUGACUGGGAAUCCUAUCUCUCGGGCUGUCAUGCGCCACCUGGGCAUUGACCCAUCUUCAGGGAGGUGUGAAGCGCAGCAGCACCGAGGGAUUGUUGUCAUUGUCCACGGGCCACCCCGGGCAGGAAAGACAGAGGUAGCAGCAGGCCUAUGUCAGUAUUACAAUGCUGCUUACAUGUCCAUUGACACCGUGGUGAAAGAGGCCAUGGCCAACAACCGGAGCCCAGCAGGGCUCUGUGCCUGGGAGCUCUGCACCAAGGCUGCCAUGGAGCUGAAAGACAAAGACAGAGGUGAUGCUGGUAAAAAGCCUCAGCUCACUGCUCAGACCAAGAAUAAACAAGCCUCUGGGGAAAAAAUCAACCAGAAGUAUGCCAAAGGCAAGAACCCUCCAGCACAAAAGAAGGAACCAGCCAGCAAACCCAAGAUAAAGGACACAAGGUUCACAGUUUCCACUGCUCCUGCACCGCAGCAGCUGAACAUCAUCAGCAGUCAUGGGAAAGAGCUGAACUGCUUGAGCUGUGUGCUGCCUGAGGACCUGCUGGUGGACAUGCUCAGUGAGAGGCUGAAGCGUAAAGACUGCUCCAAGGGAGUGGUCUUUGAUGGCUUGGAGAGCCUCUUUGCAGGCAGCCUGGAAUCUUCUCUGCUCUGCAUACUCAAAGCUGUCAAGAAUUGUCAUCAUAUUUACAUGGUGAACCUGCAUCAGGAUUAUGCUUCUUGGAAAGCCAAGGAAGAAGCUGAAAGAAGUAGGAAGGAAGCUGAAAGAGAGAAGGAAGAACUGCAGCAGGGAAAAGCUAUGCAGAGGAACACGGAGAAUGUCUUGCAAAAGGAUGAGGACGAGUAUGAUGCUCUCCCUGAGGAGAAGAAAGCAGAAGUGGAUAAAAUAUUACUGGAAAGGAAGAGUAUACAGACAGAGGGGGAGCCGAAGCGGUUUUCUGAAAAGCUUGAGGAGAAGGCAAAAGCCUUAGAGGAGGAAGAGAGGCAGAAGGAGGAAGAGAAGCAGAAGAAGGAAAAGAAGGGUGUCUCCUUGGGGAAGCAGCCUGCAAAACAAGAGAAGAGGAAAACCAAGGCCUCAGAGAAGAAGGAAACCAAAGCCCCAGAGAGGAAAGAAAGCAAAAUGCCAGAGAGGAAGGAAACCAAAUCCCAAGAGAAGAAGGAAACCAAAAUCCCAGAGAAGAAGGAAACCAAAUCCCAAGAAAAUAAGGAAACCAGAUCCUCAGAGAGGAAGGAAACCAAAAUCCCAAAGAAGGAGGAAACUAAAACCACAGAAAAGGGGGAAACUAAAGCCCCAGAGAAGAGGGAACCCAAAGCUCCAAAGAAGGGGGAAACAAAAGCCCCAGAGAAGGGGGAACCCAACACCCCAGAGAAAGGGGAAACUAAAAGUCCAGAGAAGAGGGAAACCAAAGCCCCAGAGAAAGGGGAAACAAAAGCCCCAGAGAAGGGGGAACCCAACGCCCCAGAGAAAGGGGAAACUAAAAGUCCAGAGAAGAGGGAAACCAAAGCCCCAGAGAAGGGGGAAACAAAAGCCCCAGAGCAAGGGGAAGCCAAAAUCCCAGAGAACCCAGCUGAGAUGGAGAAGAACUUGAUCCUGAGGUUUCAGAACUAUGAGUCAUCGCAGCAGGACAUCACACAGAUUUUCUCUUACUGGGACAGGGUUCAGGGUACCGUGCAGUUACCUGUGAUCCAAAAGGGAAACAAGUCCCAGCCUUCUGCGGAAAACAAAGAUCAGAAGACCAGUAAGCCUCAGGAGAAGCCUGAACACGAACAUGGAGGCCAAAGGAGUCUUCAGUUACGUCUGCUGGGGACUCAAAGCAAAGUUGCAGAAGGGGCAUUCAGAGACGAGAAUGUUGGGGUGCCAUGCCUGGACAUCCAGGUCACAGAUCCGAAGGCCAUGAUUAAGGAGAUCCUGAGGGAUGGGAAACUGCCAACGGAAGACCAGAUGCUGAAACAUCUGGGACUGUAUCCCGACGGCCCUCCCCUUCCCCCUGCUGCUGUCCUCUCCAUAGUCGAGUACCCAGAGAAGAGGUUGGGCUCUGCAAAGCGUGUGAAGCCCUUCACCAUUGUGGCACCUGAAGGUGCUGCUGUGGAAGACAAUCUGGCCAAGGUCCCACAUGCAAAGGGCAGUUCUGCCAAGGGCCAACCACAGACAGGUAAAGCAGCCAGCCGAGACAGCUCUGCAAAGGAGAAGCAGAUCUCCACACAGAGAACAGGAAGUUCCCGGGAUUCCUCUGCAACAAGAUCCAAAAGUACACGGGAAAGUGCCUCAACCCCUACAGAAUUCCUCAGGCUGAAACGGUACCGGUGGAUAGUGCCUGCCCACGGUGAGGUGGAACUGAAGGUGCACUUCUCCACCAAAAAGCCAGGGAAGUUUGAGCAGACACUGAGGUUUGAGCUCGUGCAGACGAAGCGCCAGUACGAGCUGCCCUGCAGUGGCACUGGCCUGUACCCCAGCAUCUGCCAGAACCCUCGGCUGGUGUUUCCACAGUGGAGGGAGACCAUGGAGGCAGAUGAAGUCAUCUUCAAGGAAUAUGUUGAGAGCACAAAGCAAUUCCACUUUGGACCGCUGCUGUGUGGGAAAUCAAGAGAGUGGUACAAGGCCCAGAACUGUCCUGGCAACUCAGAGAAUAUCACCAUCCUCAACAACUGCCCCGUGGAUGCAGAGAUCCAGUUCUCCUUUGAGAAUACUGGGGAAGCAGAGACGUUCCUUCUGGACCCUCCCAGCAUGACACUGAAACCAAAGGAGAAGCAGGAGCUGACCAUUUGGGCAUACCCCACUUCCCCUGGCUUCGUGGAAGACAAGCUCAUCUGCUGUAUUGGGAAGAACCCAGACCCAGUGGUCUUCAGCCUGUGCUGCCAUGGGGUGCCCAUGAAGCUGGAGGUCAGCCCCCGGGAGCUGUCUUUUGACAAGGUGCUUCUGCACAGGACUGACAGCAGGACCUUGGUCCUGAGAAACAACAGCCUGCUGCCCAUGGCCUGGCAGCUCAAUGGGCUGGAUGACCUUGUUGAGGACUUCUCCUUGUCACAAGAAAAUGGCACCAUUGAUCCCCACUCAGAGUUUGAAGUGACACUGCAAUUCAAGGCUGGGCAGAUUGGCAGCAUUGAGAAGACCCUCCAACUUGAGGUUUCAGAUACAGAAAACAUCCUGGGGAUUGUUCAGGUUGAAAACAUUGAAAUCUCUGCAGAGGUCUAUGACGUUUCUCUGAGCAUCGACAUGCCUGAAGGUCCAGAUGGAAGCUUGGAAUUUGGAACCAUUAAUGUCCUGGAUAAUGUGAAGAAAGUCCUGAGUCUAAAGAACAAAGGGGUAUACGACAUUGAGUACAGUUUCACGCUGAAGGGUGCAGGUCCCAGCAUGCAAGACUUGGCAUCCUACUUCACUAUUGAGCCUCAGUCAGGUGUGCUAAUUGCCUCCCAGCCUGGUGUGAAUGUUGAGAUGCUCUUCCACCCCACAAGUGAAAUCCUCCUCAAGAACAAAGCCAUCCUGUGCUGCCAGGUGAUAGAUCCCAGCUCAGGUGAAGGAGGCCAGGCUGUCACCAGCAUCCUGCUGAGGGUGUCGGCCAAAGCAGAGUACAGCAAGUACAGCAUUGUGCCUGCCUCACCCGCCGACUUCGGUACCAUGAUCAAGGGCACCAAGGAGACUCAGACCAUUGUGCUGGAGAACAAAGGCAUGCUCAGCUUCAAAUUCCACAUCUGCCAAGCACCCGAGGAUGCAUCUGCAUUGGAAAGCAAAAGUUCAAAGCAAAAGGAAUCUGCUCCAUCAGCUACAAAGGACUCAACAGAAAGGAAAUUGAGCUCCUCGACACAGAGUCACCUCAGUCUUGGCAUGUUCACGGUGUCCCCCUGCUCCGGCUCCAUCGGUCCCUGGGGCCAGCAGAUGAUCACAGUGGAAUGCCUCGCAGGGCAGGAGGGGACAUGUGAGGAGCAGCUCUACAUUGACAUCACGGGCAGAGACCCCAGGGACAAUCCCCUCGGCAUUCCCUUCACCCUGACUGCCGAGUCCUGCCUCCCAGCACUUGUUGAGGACAUCACGUUGAUCUUCAAGGAGUACUUGAUCUGCAGCAGCACCGACCUCAGCCACAAGCUGCAGUUGGUGAAAGGCACGGGCCUCUUCAUCGGAGAUGAGAACAAAUUCAUCUUCAACAAGGUUCUGGUUGGGCAAGAGGCUGAAGCUCAUUUCAGUAUCUACAGUGCAAGCCGUCUGCCAUGUGACGUGGUUCUCUCCAUCAAACCCCUGCCUGGAAAGGAACAAAUCCCUAUCAACAACAUUUUCAAGUUGGAUCCAGUCAAGAUGUCAGUUCCUGGCUCAUCCUAUGCCAUUGCUACAGUGACCUUCACCCCACCAGAUGAGCAGAACUACGACUGCACCUUCAAGGCUUCCCUUGACAUCCCAAAAGGCUAUGUGGAAAUUAAACCCCAAAUCCUGACCUUCACCAUCAGUGGGAAGGGGCAGAAGCUGCCGGUGACAGUCGUACGCCCAAGUGCUCGCAGCAAGAGGGGAACGGCUGUGCUGCGCUUCAAGAGGCUCCGGGUGGGGGAUUCAGAGAUGCUCCCCCUGGACAUCCGUAACGACGGCAUCAUACCCGUCAAGUUUAUGUUACGCCUGGAGGAUGAACAUGGAGCGUUCUUCUUGCAAGGCAGGGCCUCCACACUCAAGAUAUUCCACACUGGAAAUGUGGAAGAGGACUCAGUUCGAAACGAGAGCAAGCCCCCAAAACAGCCUUUCUUCCUUCUGUGUCGUGGGCAAUCGGCAAAGUUUGAUGUCAUUUUCAAACCCACCCUGGCUCAACGUCUGGAAGGGAAGAUUGGUCUGUUGGUGGGGGACAUCUGCAUGACCCUAGUAGAGCUGGUGGGUGAAGGCCACAAAGAUGAAUUCACCCUCGAUGGACUAAAGGAAGACACCCAGGAGAGGAAUUCUAAGAGCAGUCUGAAGAAAGACAUCAUUGAUGCUGUCAGAGUGAACCACAUGCAGUUUGGGGACUGUCCUGUCAGGAAGCCCUGCUGCAGGACCUUCACCAUGACCAACCACACCCGUGCCCAGUUCAUGCGCUUUGAGUGGGAGGCAGACGGCCCAUUCCGGUUCUCCCCCAAGGUGGGACACCUCCACCCUGGCUGUGCCAAGAGUAUCACAGUGACCUUGAAAGCAGAUGUCCCAGCCACCUUCAGGAGGCACCUUGUGAGAUGUAAGGUGACCAAGAUCAACUUUGAGCUGCCACAAAGGAAGGUUCCGGACUGGGAUGACCAAAUGUGCAUUGUCACGUGGAAGGAUACCACCAGGAAAGACCUGGCAGCCAAGUGGCCUAAAAAAGAGAAGGUGAUUGAGCCAGUCCCGGAACCGGCUCACACUGUGGUGGAGAAGAGCAGCCAGGAGGUUGAGGUCUACCUCAGUGCUGUUGUUGGCUACACCCAGUUCAAUCGGAACACGAUUGUGGUUCAGCUUGAGGAUACCUUGCCCUUCCAGACAAGGACAGCCACUUUCAGACUAUGCAACACAGGGAAGGUAGCCCUGGAAUACUCCUGGGAGGAAGCUGCAGGGAGUGAAGCAGUGAAGAAGCCAAACUCAACUGCUCUGACACGUCAGUUCCUCUCCUCUGAAACUUCAAGGCGUUGCAGAAAGCUGCUGCAUCAUUUUGGAUGGCAGCAGGAACAUCCUUUUGAAACUCAUUCUUCUGAGCUGGGGCAGCUGCAGCAGCUUGCCAAGCAGCAGCAGCAGCCCGAGCAGCAGGACCAUUCCAAGAAGCUACGCCGCUCAAAGCGUGUUGGUUCCCGCCUGGAAAUCUUCCCAGAUGUCAUCCGUGACCUGCCACUGUUCUCCAUCAAGCCCUACCACGGCAUCCUUGCUCCUGGCCAGAAGCAGACCUUUCACGUGCGGUUCUCCCCAAAGUGCGCGGGGAAGUUUGAGACCACCCUGCUGUGCAGGAUUCCUAACCUGAAGCCCGCUCAGAAGACAGGGCAGGUGAUUGUAAAAGGCAGAGCCCAGGAGCAGAAGAAUCUUGGUAAACCAUUAGAGCAGACAGAGGAAGGCCAGGGACCCGAGAAGCAGAUGCUCUGGAAACCAACAUCCGAGUAACAGCGUUUGUGUCAGCUGGGGCCUCCUGCAGGAGCCAGCAACAUCGUGCUUUCUGCUGGUGACGGUCUCCCACCCUUGACCAGAGACCUCUGCAGCUACCCUUCCAAGCUUCAGUGAACAUCUCUAGCUUACCUUUUCAUUACUGACAUUAAUUAACUGUUUAUGAGACUGAUAA